AGGUUAUCGCUGGCGUGGAGCAGAGGGGACAGGCUUAGGAGGAAAGGCAGCAUUCGCGACCGCCACUGUACUGCCAGCUACGGCGCGGAGCGGAACGAGGCGUCUUCGGUUGUUCAACAGAGGUCAAAUCUGACGAAGAUAUUCUGAGGGAACCGUUCUUUACUUGGCCCGACACAUUUGUCCUUCAUUAUGUUCUGCAGAAGCAUCACCUGGUUCACCUGCGUUUUUAUGGCAGUAGUCAUAGCUUCUGACUACAAUGACAGAGGUUUCAUCACAGGAUGCGAUCCUGAAGUCACAGUUGAUCAGUUAAGAACCGGCAGUCCAGAGUUGUCUACAACAACAGAACGAGCUCAGAAGGUUGAGGGGAGCACAGCUGCGGACCUGGCCACCCUGCUCGACGCCGGCGAUGGAGCCGGUGAUGGAGCCGUGGUGACGCUGGUGGCGGGUGACACGAGGCUGGUGGCGCACCGGGCCGUGCUGGCUGCCAGAAGUCCCGUGUUCCAGGAAAUGUUCCAGCACGACACGCUGGAGGCCAGCGGCGGCCGGGUCGUCAUCCCAGACGUGGAGGGCCCGGUGCUGCGCCACCUGCUGUCCUACAUGUACACCCUGCAGGCCCCCCAGCUGCCGAGCGUGGCCCCCCAGGUGCUGGUGGCAGCUGACAGCUACGGCUUGCCCCACCUGAAGGCCGCGUUCGAGCAGCAGGUGGCCGCACAGCUGUCGGUGGAGAACGCGGUUGCCACGGCUCUGCUCGCGCUGAGGCACUCCUGCCCUGUCCUGAAGCAGGCCGCCGUCACAUUCAUUAAGGCCCACACUCUCCAGGUGGUGAUGACGCAGGCCUGGGCAGACGCUGCAGUCAGACACCCACACUAUGUUGUAGAGUUAACUCGACUGAUUGCAGAGCCACCUGCACAAACCAGUACCGCAGCCACUACAGAGAGCAGGUCAGCACCCAUCACUCGCCCCCACAGCGACUACGGCCAGGCUGCUGUCACAGCCCCACCACACGUGGCAACCUGCCACACCCCUCCACCUGACGAUGCCACUGUACGUCAGAUGCGGAACCUUUCUCGAGAGGAGAAAGGCAGGAGGCUCAUCGAGGCAGCUCAGGAGGGAAAAAUGAAAGAGCUGAGGGCACUGCUAGCAGUGGGGGCAGACGUGGGAGCGAUGGACGGGGACAGGAGGACCGCCCUGCAGUGGGCAGCGUGGGAGGGGCACCUGGAAGCUGCGAGGUGUCUGCUGGAGGGUGGAGCAGAGGUGGCUGCCAGGAACGUCAGGCAGAACACACCUCUGCACUCAGCUGCAACUGCUGGCCACACAGCUGUGGUGCGACUGCUUGUGAGGUCGUCUGCUGACGCCAACGCCAAGAACCUAUGGGGGUGGACGCCGCUGCACUGGGCGGCAUAUAAAGGCCACUUACAGGUGGCAACUGUACUGCUAGAGUUUGGAGCCAAUACAGAGGCUAGGGACGAUGAGGGGAAUACCCCCCGUCAGCAUGCCAGGAAGAACAACCAUCAGCGACUGGUACAGUUGCUAACAUGAAGCUUUCAGUUCUACAGCCCUAGAGUGAGACAAUUUAAAAUAAGCAAUGCAAAAAUAUUAAUUCCAUUGUCAUUCAUUUGCACCUAUCAUUUCAUAGCAGAUAUAACUGCUCUAGUAACACAACAAGAGUGAUAACAGGCGAUUACUGCAAACUAAUGUAAGUAACCUUUCUAGUGGAAACAGUCUGCAAAAUAUUUCUUGAGCUAGCUCUACAAAACCCAACAGCAAUUGAAAAAUACGCCAUUCAUUACCAAUAGACGCCAGUUCCCUCCGUGAAA